AUGGCUCUAGAGCAACCAAGCCGUGUAGAUCCAAAAAUCUGGCAGAGUUGUGCCGGCGACACCGUCAAAAUUCCAAAACUACAUUCCAAAGUUUACUAUUUCCCACUAGGGCACUUGGAACACGCAAACCCUACUCCAAACACCGAAUCACUUUCACUUAUCAAUAGUUACCGUCCAUUCAUUCCAUGCAUCAUCUCAUCCGUUGAUCUCCUCGCCGAUCCUCAAACCGAUGAAGUCUUUACUAAACUGCUCUUAACUCCCGUCAUUGACGGUAGUACAGUUGAACCUUUCGAGGUUCAUGAUGAUGAUGAUGGAGGUGAUAAUUAUGUUGUUUCGUCUGGCAAGACUCUUAGUCAAUCUGAUGCUAAUAACGGCGGUGCAUUCUCCGUACCUAGCAAAUGCGCCAAAUUGAUCUUCCCACCACUUGAUUUGGAAGCCAAAUUGCCCACUCAGGAACUCUCCAUCGCCGAUGUUCACGGUAAUGUCUGGGAGUUUCGCCAUGUCUACCGUGGGAAUCCAAAGAGACACAUGUUCACUCAUAACUGGAGUCAAUUCGUUGACAAGAAGAAACUUGUAGGUGGUGAUUCCCUUCUUUUUAUGAAAAAUUCGGCUGGAGAGAUCUAUGUUGGAAUUCGUCGGGUCAAAAAGUUUGCUACUCCUGCUGUUGUGCAAAAGAAGGAAUCAGUGGUUAUAGAGGCGGUGAAAUUGGCGGAAAAGAACGAGGCGUUUGAAGUUGUGUACUAUCCGACCGCUGAUGAUGGUGAUAAUUUUGUAGUGGAUGCUAAUGUUGUGGAGGAUGCAAUGAAGAUUAAUUGGAAUUGUGGAAUGAGAGUUAAACGCUCUUUGAAUAAUGAUGAUUCUUCAAUAUCUUUGCAGCAUGGGACAAUCACUAAUCUUUGUGCUCCUUCUAACCGUCCAUGGCACAUGCUUCAGCUUAAAGUUACUGAAGAUCCUGCUGCUUUAUUAAGUGAUAUACAAGGAGACUCCUCCAUUCCAAUAAUAGAGUUCCAACAUUCAACAAUGGAAAAGUUUGUCGAUCCCAACAACUGCGACACUAAAAAUGUUACUCGUUCUUUCAAGCUAUUUGGUACUAUCAUACAAGUUGGAAGUGAUUUGCCUAAUUCUGAAAUCAAGGAAGAUGAUAGUUGUUAG